AACUUGCACCUGCCUCGCCUCACACAAACACGCCGGAAUACAAUACCGAGCGAGUUCAGAAAGAAUUCAAUAUCCCAAGGAUGGCGUCCGGUCCCAGUAGAACAGUCCCGUGCUCUGUGCUGCCACUGCUGCUGCUGCUCGCCGGCGUGGCCCGCGCGGCCGGCAACUUCUACCAGGACGUGGACAUCACGUGGGGCGACGGGCGCGGCAAGAUCCUCGGCGGCGGCGACCUCCUCACGCUGUCGCUCGACAGGGCCUCCGGCUCCGGGUUCCAGUCCAAGAACCAGUACCUGUACGGCCGCUUCGACAUGCAGAUCAAGCUCGUCCCCGGCGACUCCGCCGGCACCGUCGCCACUUUCUACCUGUCGUCGCAGGGGUCGGCGCACGACGAGAUCGACUUCGAGUUCCUGGGCAACGCGAGCGGGCAGCCCUACACGGUGCACACCAACGUGUACAGCCAGGGCAAGGGCGGCCGGGAGCAGCAGUUCCGCAUGUGGUUCGACCCCACCGCCGACUUCCACACCUACUCCGUCCUCUGGAACCCCACACACAUCCUGUACGUAGUAUGCAGACGGCGUCGGUUCUACGUGGACGGGACGCCGAUACGGGAGCACCGCAACCGGGAGGCGGCGACGGGGGUUCCCUACCUGCGGAGCCAGGCGAUGAGGGUGUACGCGAGCGUGUGGGACGCGGAAGAGUGGGCGACGCAGGGCGGGCGGGUGAGGACGGACUGGUCGCGGGCGCCGUUCGUGGCGUCGUACAAGGGGCUCGCCGCGAGCGGGUGCGCGUCGCAGGACGCGGCGGCGUGCGCCAACUCCAACGGCGCGUGGAUGUACCAGGAGCUGGACGCCACGGCGUUGGACCGCCUCCAGUGGGUGCAGAAGAACUACAUGAUCUACAACUACUGCACGGACACGUGGAGGUUCAAGGACGGCGCCCCGCCCGAGUGCGCCAGCAAGUAGAAUGUCUUGUCUUGUGGCGACGUUGCCGGGGUCGGGCGGAGCAUUAUAGAUUGGGUAAAAGUAUAAUUUCUAUGCCUACGUAUAUGGAUGUAAAUGUAACCAUGCAAUGUAAUUAAGUAUAUAAAUACAUACAUGAUAUAAUAAAUUCAGCGUA